GAGAGAAAGAUUUCUGGCUCGCUCGUCGGGGAGGAAGUGCAGCAGCAAUGGCGAGUAAACCUCGUCACACUCCUCCAUCUUCUUUCCCCCACAGACACAGGCACAGCAUAACACUCUCUCCAAACCCAUCUGCCCUGCCUGGUCGAAGUAUUUCAAUCCGCCUCUCCACUCCGCUCCGCCGACCUUGCAUGGACGUCUGGUUGUUUUUAGUCCUCUUCGUCUCGGCUCUUCCCCUUCCCUCUCAACCCCAGAAUCCCAUCGGAAACUGGUUUUUUGAUUUUUAGUGCCGCAUGGCGAGCUUGUACUCAGCGUUUUAGUCCCCAGCUAGGGAAG